AAAAAAGACAAAAUUUGACUUUCAAUUUGCGUCCAAAGUCAAAACAAAAUUAUCAAACUCAAAUUACGCUGUUUGAAUUUUAAUGCCUUUUGCCGAAAAGGAAGACUGAUUUGAACUUUUGAAGCUACAGAAACAGUUCGUUUACGAGGGUAGUCUAAAAAACUGCUAAAUAAAUAGUUAUCAAUUACGUAUUGCAUCUUUCGUUCGCCUCUGCUGCGCGGCAAGAUCACGUUUUUCUUUUUGUUAAAUAAGUACCAAAUUACUUUUAAGAAUGAUAGAUCUUUUUAUGCCGUUUCGUUCUUUACUAAAACUUGGAAAUGUUUGCACUGAUAACAAUAUCUUCCGCAUGCACUAUAAGUUAACAGUUAUAAUCUUGCUGGUAUUCACGCUACUGGUGAGCACGAAACAGUUUUUCGGAGAGCCCAUACAUUGUAUGAGCGAUAGCGACAAAGACCAUGACAAAGAAGCCAUGAAUAGUUACUGCUGGAUCUACGGAACCUACACCUUGAAGAGUAGUCUUGCUGGUAUUGAAGGCAAGCAUAUAGCAUACAGAGGUGUGGGCCCAGACAAAGGUAUACAAGCAGAACAAAUAAAGCAUACUUACUACCAGUGGGUGUGUUUUGUGUUACUUGGGCAGGCUGCUAUGUUCUACACACCGCGCUACCUCUGGAAAAUAUGGGAAGGUGGUAGACUGAAGGCAUUAGCAUCCGAAUUAGAUAGUCCAAUGGUACCUAAAGACUGGUCAGAAUGCAAGCGUGCUGAGCUGGUCUCUUACCUCACUUACACCAAUCUUUAUACACACAACAUGUAUGCCUUACGCUAUGCUUUCUGUGAAAUACUCAAUCUUGUUAAUGUGGUGGGCCAAAUAUUUUUACUAGACUUAUUCCUGGGUGGUGCCUUUCGUAACUAUGGAGCUGCAGUAGCAGCAUUCACACACAUUCCGAAAGUGCCAAAUAAUUUUCUAGACUACGAAUUAGUCAACCCCAUGGACCAAUACUUCCCAAAGCUCACUAAAUGCUGGUUUCGAAGCUACGGACCUUCAGGCUCUAUGCAACAUAAAGAUAGGUUAUGUGUACUACCAUUGAACAUUGUUAAUGAAAAAAUAUUUGUUUUCCUCUGGUUUUGGCUUAUAUUCCUUGCUCUAUUAUCUGCUCUGGCUGUGUUAUUUCGUAUAUUGGUUAUAUCUAUGCCACCACUACGUACUGUAAUGAUUAUGGGCCAACUUAGAUUUGUUAAGCGAAGAGUUAUCUCUAGAAUUGUAAGACACUUUAGUUUUGGUGAUUGGUUCAUCCUGUAUUUGCUGGGCAAGAAUAUGAAUCCACUUAUAUAUAAAGAUUUAAUUAUAGAGGUCUCUAAAGAAUUAGAAAAAAGACCUAAUAAUAUGGUAUGAUUUUUUACUUAAGUAUGAGUAAAAAUUUUCAAUACCAUUAAAUUUUCAAUAUUGAAAAGUGAAA